AUUGGAUGCAAGCAUUUCUGGUACAUAUACCAUAUUCAUAGAGACAAUGUUUAAAUGAUGUACCAUCAGUGAAGAGCUGUUAUCUCGGGUAGUGUUUCUGUGAUGUCAGUGUACCACAGAGAAUCAUUCCAUUCCUUUAUAUGCCAUGAACAGUUACACAAUAUAAUAGAGAGAACAUACAUAAUAUUUACACAAGUCAUUAUAACAUAAUGAAUUAUCAGAUUAUAAUUGGAGGGCUGACUUCUUUAUCAGAAGAUUUAGUUCCCUUUGAUGAAGAUCUUAUGACAUUCUUGAAAGACACUUGAGAAAUCAUAUUUAUGUAAAUGGUGCAUCUGUGAACGUGAUUAGGAGAUCCCCACAUAAUCAUAAAUUGAAGGAAAAUCUUUCCUGUCGUGUAAUUAGACAUGGUGUAGAUGGUGUUGAGGACCCGGACAGCUGUUGUAUAAACAAACGUGAUCAGGUGUUGAUGAUCACUGCAGACAUAUUAUCUAAUUACCCAGCGAUGUGCAGUGAUGGCUCAGGAUGUUGUCAACCAGAGUGUACGAGUAAUUUGCCCAAAUCAAUGCCUGCUGAGGAGGUCAUGCCGGUUAUUCAGUCUAACCUAGAUUAUAUGGAGGAGGAUAAGCCACUUAUACCAGGAGUCACUGUUAGAGCUGCAACUGCAGAUAAAUUGGUCCAUAUUUGUAUUGAGAGCUUUUCCAAAGAAGGAGACCUGAUAGAGGACACAGAAUACCCUAAUGUGAUGUAUCUGAUGCAUGCGUGGUUCAUCUCCUCAGAAGAUUUAGCAGAAACAUUUAUUGAUCUCUACCAAAAUUGUCACGAAACCAUAGAAUGUACUAAAGAUGUGUGUGACCACCUGCCUUCGGAUGCGGAAUGUGAAAUACAGAUUUACAAGGCGAAAAUCUGUUAUGCUGUAAGAUACUGGAUAACUCACUUUCCUGUACAUUUUGACCUUGAUAAUAGGUUAAAAACUGUUGUGAAGAGAUUAGGAUCUCUUUUGCUGUCAGAAGGAAACACCAGCUUUAAAGAACUCAUUGAUCUUUCAAAAGUUCCCUCCUAUGAUUGGAUGAGAAACAUGUCAGUGAGAAGUUCUGCAAUGCGACAUAACCGUAAAGUUUCCUUGGUGUUUAAUCAUUUAGAACCGUUGGAAUUAGCAGAACAUUUGACCUUUUUGGAAUACAAGGCUUUCAGGAGGAUAUAUUUUACAGAUUUCAAAAACUAUGCAAUCACAGCUUCGUUGAAAGACAAUGCCAAAUUAGAAAGGUCCAUAGCUUUGUUUAACGGAUUAUCACAGUGGAUACAAUGUAUGGUCCUGAGUAAAACCACACCACAGCAACGAGCUGAUGUCAUUGUCAAGUUUGUUAAUGUAGCAAAGAAACUUCGAAUUCUACAAAAUUUUAACACACUAAUGUCAGUGGUUGGUGGUCUCACGCAUAGUGCUCUGGCAAGGUUAUCAAAGACAAAUGCCUGCAUACCUAGCGAAACACAAAAGACUUUGAUGGAGUUCACAGAGUUAUUGUCAUCCAGUAAUAACUUCAGUAACUACAGAAAAGUAUUUAAUCAGUGCACUCAUUUUAAGAUUCCUAUAUUAGGGGUUCACUUAAAAGAUCUGAUCCUGCUUCAUACAGCUGUACCAGAUAAAAUCGAAGGAAAAUUAAUUAACUUCAGAAAAAUGGCACAGUUGUCUCAAACGCUACGAGAAUUGACUAAAUUACAAAAAGAAAGUAUACCUGUAUGUGCCAACAUGGAUCUUGUAAACACAUUACGACUAUCAUUAGAUUUACACUAUACAGAGGAUGAAAUUUAUGAAUUGUCAUUAGCUAGAGAACCACGAAACUCAUUAUCUUCACCUUCCACACCUACCAAGCCAGUAGUAUUUGCUGACUGGUUGGCAGGAGUUAGUCCCCCUGAUCCAAAUACAAUCAACAAACAUGUGUACGAUAUGGUAGAGGCUGUGUUUAAAAAUUAUGAUCAUGACAGAGAUGGAUUUAUAUCACAUGCAGAAUUUGAGGCUAUUGCAGGGAAUUUUCCAUUCAUUGAUUCAUUUUCUGUCCUUGACGCUGAUCAGGAUGGUAAAAUAAGUAAAGCAGAAAUGAAGACAUAUUUUUUCAGAGCUAAUUGUCAUGCUCUAAGAAACAGCUUUAAACAUGACUUCCAUGAGACGACAUAUUUUAAGCCUACUUUCUGUAUACACUGUACGGGUCUGUUAUGGGGUCUAAUUAAACAAGGUUGGAAAUGUAAAGAUUGUGGUAUAAAUGCACAUAAACAUUGUAAAGAUUUGGUUGUGAUGGAAUGUCGGAGUAAACAACAUGCAGGAUGUAAUCGGCGCGUGGAUUCUGUAUCAAAUGGUCCUGGACAUCAAGAUCUCACAUACUCUACAAAACGUAAAAUGUCUCAACGACAGAAAAAGACGCGAGUUCACCAGGGAACACAGACGGAGGAGAUAUAUUUUAGUGAUUAUGGACAAAUGAAUGGUGAAGGAGAGUUCUAUGAUGAACACAAUACAUUAUAUACACGGUUGUUAAAGACAGAAGAGGCCCGUGACAAGUUGAAAGAAGAUAAUGAAAAGCUCAGAAAGAAGUUGAUAGCAAAAGAUGAGAAAAUCAAACUUUUAAAAUCACAAAUGGGGAGUAUAAGGAACAAUACACUGACUUAUAUCCUAGAACAGAUGGACUCGUUAAAAUCCCAGCGUCAUACAGAAGUAUGAUACAGCAGGAAUUGUUAUAAUAUAAAUGUCGUACAGAAGUACGAAUUAGCAAUAAAUGAUUUGUUACUGUUGAAUCUUCUAAACAAUCAAACAACUCUUUUAUAGUUUUUUUAAGGACAAAACAUUUUAAAGAAAUGAUUUUUAUAGAGUAAGAAACCAGUCUGAAAUCAUAAAUUUCAUUUUAGUACACCAUGGAGUAUGUUGCCAAAAAACUUACAAUACCCAUAAUGCACUAUUCCCAUGUGAUAGAGGAAUACCAUUCAUCCUAUUAUUGUGUUCAGAUUAUGUGUAAGGUCCAGAUCUUCCAAAUCUUAUCAAAACAUUGUGAUGACUCUGUGAAGAUAAACUUUGACCUUGAACACUUGUUCUCUGCAAAAGAGUAAACAAAUGAAUUGUGUUUUCUGUGCUACAAAACAGAUGAAAUGUGUAUAGGAGAGAACAAAAGAUUUCCAAGUCCAGAUGGAAAAAUGGACAUUUCCAAUUCCAGAAAAUGAUUCCUAAAUGUGAAUGGAAACUGAUUCUAGUUAGUGAUGACCUCUGUAAGGGAGGAUAAUGUUAUAUCUAUUACCACAUUACAAAAUAUAUUUUGUAUUUUUCUAUUGAUUUACAAAACAUAUACAGAAACCAGUCAGUCCAGUCAUUUUGACAGGUGCUUCCUUUAGUUAUUUUCACGUAACAAAACCAUGUUUAUACCGUAAACUGCUCUACCUUAUGUAUGUUGUCUGCGAUUUAUUAUUCUAUUCAGAUUGUCACUGAAUCUGCAAAAAAUAAGAAAUGUAAAAAAUUGCACUGACAGAACUUUGUAAAAUUUGCAAAGUCAAUGCAGUUUAACUUAUCAUGUUUUAAACAAGCCUAUGUAGCAAUACGAAAGAAAUGACAAGUUGCAAGAAAAUUUAUAAAGGUAGAGCAGUGUUCAUUGCUAAAUGAUUGACAGCGAUUUUCAGUUGGGUAAAUAGUCUUUAAAGAAGGAAAGGUUCAAUUAUUGAAUAAGUCUGAUUAAUCUUUAUAAAUUCUCAAAUUUCUUUCUUCUUUAAAAACUCAGGUUUAUCAUUUGUCAUUGAAAAAACAAAUACUCAGUCUUUAUAAAAUGCAAUCAAAAUUGUUAAACUUGAUGCAAUGUAAUUUAAAACAUUUGAAUCAUUGUCAAGGAUAAAGAUGCAACCAAGAAAACAUAUUAUUGUUUAUUUAAAAUAGAUGAUCUCAACCAAUUAGAGAUAAAAAGAAAACAUCAAAUUCGUACAAGACAAUUUUACUUACUCAUUAGAAUUUUGUUAAUUACAGUUCAAACUUAAGGGUUUCAUUGUGUUAGAUCUUUAGCCAAAAUAGCAAAAUAUUUGUUGUUUGAAGUUUUUUCUGAAAUCAAAUCAAAAGUCCACAUGCAUUUAAAAUAAACUUUGAUACUCCUGAAAGAAAUGGCAUAUAUUGACUGAAUAAAUACUAAUUUGAUUGUUUUUAUUCAAACUUUAGCGGUAAUUAGUUUCAUUGCUCUUGGCCAGUUCACAGUUCUUUAUUUUAACCAUAAAUUGUUAAAAAAAAAUAGUGAGGUAUUAUUAAAGAAUUUUGCUUAGGUGGAACAGCUGGUUUCAGGUGAUGAGACCAUAUAUGCUCUUGUUCCACCAAAGCAAUGAUGGUUUACAGCAGAAUGCAUAGAGUGUGAAGGUACGGGUAGAAUCUUUGGUUAGCUUGCUUGUUAGUCGAACCAUCAAGUCAUUGUUAUGUUAGGUAUACUACCCUCCUUUGGGAGUAGUCUUGUCCUACAUAUAGAUAUAUAUUGGUUAUCUGUAGGACUAGUCUAUUCUUAAAUGAGGGUAUUAUACCGAACUUAUAAUGGUUUCACGAUUCAACUAGCAAGCAAGCUAACCAAAGAUUCUACCCUUUUCUACACACUCAAUGCAUUCUGCUGUAAUACCAUAUAUAUUUAUUUAAGUUAGUAAAAAAAAUAAUUAAUGAACACUUGUAGUACCUGAGAACUAGAUAAUCAGUUUACAUUGUCUGAUAUUUAUAUUUAUAAUGGAUAUUUUUAUUAGGUUUUUUGAAGCCCUGUCAUUUUGUUACAUGAAGAAAAGGUCCAAUUUUACUAGACACCUUAAUGAUAAAACGUAAUUAAAACCUAUGGCUGUGAUUCUGUUAAUGUAUAUAUGAAUAUAGCAUUCCAUAUUACGGAGUUGUGUCAAUUUUGUGUAUAAUGAACAACUGUAUCAGCACAAAGGAAUUUCAGAAUUACCUCCCCUUAAAGCAAAUUUGAUAAUAUAUACCUCACAUGUACUAAAUUUUGAUAUGGUAAAUCAGAACAGUUGUGAUCUCUCCCUGGAAAAGAUUAUUAUAUUUUAGAAUAUUAUUUACUCAAUCAAAAAGUUAAACAGACAUUGUCAUCAUAGCAGCAAAAUUAAAUGUAUAGAGUGAUGUAAUAUUGACUUCACAGACAUUUUGCUCCACUGAUAUAACAUCAAAUUAAACAAUAUUGUUAAUUUAAAUUAAGAAGAUUCUGAGUAACUAUAGGAUAAUUUUUUUUAUAUAUAUGAGAUGCCAUCAUUGGUUUGCUUUAUUGAGGACUUUUAGGUUAUAUUUGCAAAGUCUAUAGGUUUGGGUGAGUGACUACAGUAAGAAAGCAAUAUCAAAGCAGCAAUUAAAGCAUAUUGUCUUGGUAAUUUUAAUGUCCUUUUAAGCUAACAUUGUUAUGUUCAAAUAUUAUUUUUAAAUCUGACAAAUUUUAAUGGACAUUUUUUCUCUAAAACAAACUGUCAACCAUUAUAUUGACUCACAAUCAGUUGACCAAAAUUCUGUGCAAUAUAGACCUACAAUAAUAACUUGAGGAAAACAGUUCUGAUUUACCAUAGACAUACACUACAUCCAAUACAAUUGGUCUCUGUAUAAGGAAUAACUCUGUGCUGUGUAUAUAUUCAUUGUAAAUUACCAUUCAUUCAAUCAUUUAAAAUCAGUGGCUGUUCACCAUAUGUUAAUUUGCUCAGACCAAGGUGAUUAACUACAUUCCAACACUAAAUUAUAUAGAAAAUGUUUAAAGCAAACUUAUUUUCCAUAAACUAUUUAUAUCAAACCAACAUACUGUUAAUUAUGAUAAAGAUAUUUUAAGGUUAGGAAAUGCCAAAGGGGUCAAUUUUUAUAGUGUUAUUAAAUGGAAAAAAAUAGAAUUUUUCAGUUGCAAGAAAUGAGUCAACUUGUUUUACAGUUUGGUAUAUACUUGUUGGGUAGAUAAAGGUAUUUAUAAGCAAAGAAGCAUUCAAGAACAUGUACUUGGGUAGUGUUCAAAAUGAUAUAGGAUUAAGAAUUAUUCCUUAAUUUUGUCGUUGCUUGCUGAUUUGCCUCGUUUCAAUGUCGGACAAGGUAAUCAAGCAGUGUUUGUAGUAUAAAUUAAUUAUCAUUGGUGACUGACAACAGUUCUAUAAGACUGACGUAGGUCAAAGUCCAGUUGCCUGGAAAAAAAGUUAAAGACUAAGAUUUUAUUAUGAUUAUAAAACCAAAAUUUUGAAAGAAACCUAGAUAUAUGAUAUAUUAUAAGAAUUUACUCUGUUUAUGUAUUCUGAGAUAUUGUUUAUCUAUUUAUGAACAAAUUUAUUUUUAUUUCUUAUAUAGUGCGUCUUAAAUAUUUUUCUGUUGACCCUGUUUUCAAGUUUUUGUUCAAUUAUCUAUUUCCUGUUGUUUUAUUUAUAGUUGUUUACUUUUUAAUGUUAGAAACUUUAUUACUGUUGAAUGAAAAUAAAACCUUUGUUAAACCAAUAUUUUAGAUAACAAUUCUAGUCAAUUUAUCUUACUACACAAAUAUUGCUUUAUUUAUUUUUUAUGAGUAAAAUAUAAUUUAUUUAUUUUUAUGUUAUGUUUUUUAAGAAUUUUAAAUUUAACAAUGAUUAACAUAUUUUCUUCAUUCUGUGUAAUAUAUUUAACCAGUUUUAUUCACGAUCUAAAACUUCAUUCAACCAAAAUUGCAAUGUUUUUGUUUGAGGUCAUUUGAACAAUGAAAAAACCUAGUAUUCCCCUUUGGUGUUUGGAAAUAUUUUAUCCACUAGUUGAGUUUCUGGUCAGAUUGUAAAGGCAGGUAUUGAUUUGUGACCAUAAAUCUGUAAUUUGAUGGUAACAAAAAUGUACUAACCAGAUUAACUGAGUCCCAAUCAAGACUUGCAUAAGUUUUACAUAUCAACUAAACUCAAUUCACCUCAACUGCUCGAUAAGACAAAUUUGCAAUUCAGUUUUGAACCUAAUUCAAAAAGUAAUUUACAUUGGGUUAUGGUUCAACAUUCAAUUAAUUGAUGCGCAUAUAAAUAACUAACUAGUCCAGGUUAUACCAAAGCCAUUACAAUGUGGUAUCAGAUUAUUGUGAUUCAUGAGCAUAAAUAAAACCAUAAAAAUAUAUAACCAGUUUGUUUUUGUGUAAAAUAUACUAGACAGUACCACUGUUAAUAUAUGUACAAAUGAAUUUAGUGCUGACAAAAAGGGCUGGAUCCCUUGGUAUAUAUAUAUAUCAUUACAGAUGUUUUUAUACACUUGUAAAUCUCAUGCUAUAUGUUUAUUUUGUUAUUAUGAUUGUAAAUAUUAUUAUCAUUCGUAAAAAAUCAUAAAAUGGCCAUUUGAAACAUUCCGUGAGAUCAGUUUCUUUUUUUUUUGUAUAUAAGUGUGUAGAACCAUUCCAGAAAAAUUGCAGUGACCAGUUGACCUCUCUCAAAAAAUUUGUGCAAUUUUGAUUAUUUAAUAUGUGUUCAUAUUCAAGUUUGUUAUUAUAUAAAUCAGUCAAAAGCUAAGGUAAUCCUACUUUUCAAAAUAAAAUAUAAGAAUAAAAUUCUACUGUUAUGAAUGACAGUAGGGUGCUGAACUUAAAUUAUUUCAGAAUAGUAACUGGGUAUAUAUAUAUAUCUUGAUAUAUAGUGCAGACUCUUUUCAAUCAGUGAAGAUCAAAUGUUUACCGAAUUAUGUCUGGUUUUGCUUUUAUUGUUUUUGGGUUGCUGUUCAAUUGAUGUAAAACUACAUUUCCGUUUAAUCACAAACAAAUUGUACAUUCAGUAUGGAAACAGAUAAAUAUAACAUGCCAUUUCAAAUUGGGAAAUGUAAGAGUUUAACAUUGUAGAUUGUUCACAUAAAUGGGGGAAAUGAAACAGCUGAACAGCGCUUUUAUUACUGUUGUUCAUCUCGAAAGUAAGCUCAUGUAUGUUGUUUAACCGAAUAAGACCAACCUACUUUGACCAAGCUAAGACGUCCAAAAUGUGCAAAACUGCAAAGUUGUCUUAUAGUUUUUAUGACAGAACAGAUUUAAGUUACUUUAAAAAUAAACAGGUGUUAUAUAAUUUUCUUGGAUUUGUUUAAGGUAAUUUGAAUUUUACAUUGAAACAUCUGAUAGAUACUGAGAUUAAUAUUACUCAACUGAAUUUGUUUGUUUCAGGUGACUUUAUAUUACUAUAAACCAGAGUUUCACCUGAGCAAGUUUAGUUUCCAAAUUUUAUCUCAAAGAUUCAACUGAUAAAUAGUUUUGGUGUAAAAUGUUAAACAAACAUGGCUAUGCUAAUAUUCUCCAAAGAGAAUCUAAAAAUAUACUUAUUACAAAGUAAUAUUCACACAAGUACAAGCAUUUUUAAAAUUAAGGCAUUCUAAUAUUAAAUCAACUUUUUCUCUGUUUUGGUCAUGAUUAACACUAAGCACUACAUUCAACAUUGAGCAAUUUAUGUAUUUAUUUAAAGUAACAUUAUUAAUUUAAUGCCCUCUAUUAGGCAAUGUGUCAGUUGGUAAAUUUAAAAUAAAAAAUAUAAAUUUAAACACUUUUUGAAAGAAAAUUCAAGCUUCAUAUCUUAAGUUUUUCCAGUAAAACAUUUAGCCCUUUUAAGCUGAUUUUGCUGCAAUUUACAUUCACAGUUUUCUAAACUUGUUUGUGUGACUAUUUAAAAACUGUCCAAGUUUGACAUAUUUGCCAAUGCCAAUAUUUAUAUUCACAUUAUUUUUCUUGCAAAAAUAAAAUAAUGAAUCCCUUGCGAGUAAUAGUUAGUUUACAAUAAUAUGUGGACAAUCAAUCAAAAUGUACAAAAAAGGAAUUUAUUUAGAAAAUAUGGUAGCCCCAAGUCUAUUUAUCCAAAAUAGAAACAAUAUUUUAACCAAGAAAUACAUAAUUUUGCUUUCAACAGGAUAAUCAACCUGUAAUUUAGACCCUUUCCAUGAUACAUUGAAUGGCAAAAUAAUACAUUCCGUUGAAGAUUACAACUAAACAAAAGUAUAUAAAUAAGAAUGCCCCUUUUUUAUCAUAUAAAAUGUAGGACUGGAGAAGCAAUGAAAUGGUGUAUACAAAAUACAUGUAGUAUAAACAUGUAAGCAGUAGUGAAUGUUUGAAAAAGUGUGUGUUUGUGUGGUGAAUGAGUUGAGUGUAAACGUGUGUAAUCGAAGUAUAAAUGUAAACAUCUUUUAUGUAUCUGAAUGAGCUCAAAGCAGUGUUGUAUUAUCAAAGAGAAACAUAUGUAAAAUUAAAAGCAAUAUUUGUUGUUAUAGAUCUAUUUAUUGUAAUCUGUUUUUGAAAAAAAAGUCAAAAUUUUCAAAUGUUUAUAAAUUAAGUGAAAUUGAUGUGCAAAACUUGUUUCAGACAAGGAUCAAAUAAAAGAAAUA